CCCGCCGAACCGGCAGCACCGCAGGGCAGCCGCCUCCCGUGGAGUGUCCCAUGGAGCGGGCUGGAGGCGCGGCUGGUGCCGACAUUGGGGGCACGGGGACCCCCCAGGCCCAGGGCAGCGCAGCCCCUGCAGCUCCCCAGGCUGCCCAGCCCGAAACAGCGACAGCGGCUGCCGCCACCGUGGCACCGGAUGAAGGCACAGAUGAGCCUGGAGGAGAGAAGACAGAGACAGAGCAGGAGACAGCUCUGGCUGCUCCAGAGCCCCAGGAUGGACGGGAAGCAGUUCCAGGAGAGGCUGUGCAGCAUGAUGGAGGACAGGCAGCAUCUGAUGAAGGGCAGGCAGGCACCACCGGAGAGAAGGUGCAGGCUGCCACCGAGGCCCAGGGUGUUGGGAAAGAUGGGAAAGACAAGUCUGAGAAGAAGAAAGCUCCAGCUACAGGAGAGCUCAAAGGAGGAAAGGCUUCAGCUGCUGCAAAGGCUAAGGAUGGAGGGAAGGAUGAGACCAUGGAGAGGAAGGGCCUGCCUGUAAUUGAGGCACAGGAUGGAGAAAAGGAUAAGCCCAAGAAGGAGGAAGCACCUGGUGGGUCGGGGGCUGAGAGUGGUGGAAAAGCAGAGUCCACUGAGGAGAAGGUUCUGGCUGCAGCAAACUCUGAAGGAGGGAAGGCAAAACCUAUGGAGGAGACAGCUUUGGCUGCAGCUCAGGCUCAGGAUGGAGGCAAAGAAGAGCCGGCAAAGGAGAAAAUCACAGUGGUUGCAAAACAGGAGGUCCCAGCCACUGCUAAAGCUCCAGAUGAAGGGAAGCAAGAUGCAAAGGGACAGCAAGCCCCAGCUGCUACCAAGCCAGCAAAGGAGAAAACCACAGCUGCAGCAAAGGAGAAGGCCCCAAAUGCUGCAAAGGAAAAGGCCCCGAAUGCUGCAAAGGAAAAGGCCCCAAAUGCUGCAAAGGAAAAGGCCCCGAAUGCUGCAAAGGAGAAGGGCCUGAAUGCUGCAAAGGAAAAGACCCCAGAUGCUGCAAAGGAGAAAACCACAGCUGCAGCAAAGGAAAAGGCCCCGAAUGCUGCAAAGGAAAAGGCCCCGAAUGCUGCAAAGGAGAAGGCCCCGGAUGCUGCAAAGGCUCAGAGUGGGGAGAAUGAAGUGGUAAAGGCAGAAAAAGCCCCAGAAGUUAAAAAGGCUCUGGACGGAGGCAAAGAGGAGCCCGUGAAGGAGAAGGCUGCAGCUUCAGUGAAGGAGAAAACCACAGCUUCAGUGAAGGAGAAAGCCAUAACUCCUGCAAAGGAGAAAGCCCCAGAUGCUGCUAAGGCUCAGGAUAUAGAGAAGGCAGAAGCAAAGGCAGAGAAAACACCAGCUGAAAAAAUGGCUCAGGAUGGAGACAAAAUAGAGCCUGCAAAGGAGAAGUCCCCAGCAGCUGUGAAGGUGCAGGAUGGAGGGAAGAAAACUGCAAAGGUGGAAAAAUCCACGGUUGCAUCAAAGGCUGGGAAUGAAGGGAAAGAUCCUAAAAAGGAGAAGGUCCCAGCUACUGCAAAGGCUCAGGAUGGAGGAAAGAAAGCUGCAGAGGUGGAGCCUCCCACACCUGGAGCAGAGGCUGGGGAUGGGGCUGUGGAGCCCUCAGAGGCAGCAGCCAUGGCUGUUGUGAAGGCUAAGGGUGAAGGGGAGGAAGUGUCCAAGGGGACAGAGGGACAGGCACCAACGAUCCCCGAGCCCCUGCGCCCGGCUCUGCUGCAGAGCCUGAGCUGCCCAGCUGCCUGCCACAGGGAGGAGCAGCCCUGGGCAGAGGUGGCAGAGAUGGAGACAAUAGAAGAGGAGACCACGAUGGUGGAGCCAAAAGAGGGUCUGACAGAGCUUGGCUCUGGCCCACCAGCCCUGGAGAACCUGCAGCCCCUGGAACCUGCCAGCACCCCUCAGGAGAGGACAUUGCCCAGUGCCACAGGGCGGCCCCCAGAUCCUGCUGGGAUGGUGGAGCAACCUGGACCUGGGGUGCAACCAUCUUUAACAGAGGCAAAGCCACCCCCCAGCCCCUACCUCACCCCUGAUUUUGGGAAGGAAGACCCUUUUGAGAUAUUGGAUGAUGUCCCUCCACCGCCAGCGCCCUUCGCUCAUCGCACUGUCACCCUGCGCUCCGCCAGUGUCAGCUCUCAGUUCAGCCUCAGCUCCAAGGACAUCCUGGGGGGGGGCAAGUUUGGUGAAGUUCACACAUGCACAGAGAAGGAGACGGGGCUCAAGCUGGCAGCCAAAGUGAUCCGGAAGCAGGGAGCAAAGGACAAGGAGAUGGUGCUGCUGGAGAUCGAUGUGAUGAACCAGCUGAACCACCACAAUCUCAUCCAGCUCUAUGAUGCCAUCGAAACACCCCGGGAGAUCAUCCUCUUCAUGGAAUUUGUGGAGGGUGGUGAGCUCUUUGAGCGGAUCAUCGAUGACGACUACCACCUGACAGAGGUGGACUGCAUGGUGUUUGUCCGGCAGAUCUGCGAGGGCAUCCGCUUCAUGCACCACAUGCACGUCCUCCACCUCGACCUCAAGCCCGAGAACAUCCUCUGUGUCAGUGCCACCGGGCACAUGGUGAAGAUCAUCGACUUUGGGCUGGCUCGAAGGUACAAUCCCAAUGAGAAGCUGAAAGUGAACUUUGGCACCCCUGAAUUCCUCUCCCCUGAGGUGGUCAACUACGAGCAGGUCUCCUACUCCACGGACAUGUGGAGCAUGGGCGUCAUCACCUACAUGCUGCUCAGCGGCCUCUCCCCCUUCUUGGGUGACGAUGAUACUGAGACACUCAACAACGUCCUGGCUGCCAACUGGUACUUCGACGAGGAGACCUUUGAGAGUGUCUCCAAUGAGGCCAAGGACUUCGUCUCCAACCUCAUCAUCAAGGAUAAGAGUGCCCGGAUGAGUGCUGACCAGUGCCUGCAGCAUCCCUGGCUCAAUAACCUGGCAGAAAAGGCCAAACGCUCCAACCGGCGGCUCAAGUCCCAAGUGCUGCUCAAGAAAUAUGUCAUGAGGCGGCGCUGGAAGAAAAAUUUCAUCGGGGUGUGUGCUGCCAACCGCUUCAGGAAGAUCACCAGCUCGGGGUCCCUGACAGCGCUGGGCAUCUGAGCUGGGCUCCCAGGGGAGCCGAGGCCAGAAAGGAACCACUUGAGAGGGACCCCCCACCAGUCUGGAGCAGCUCUGUGGAGCUGGUCCCACUGCGCUGAGGACCACAUCACCGCUGGGGGUGCUCGCAGUGGCCUUGAGGCUCCUGAGGCUCCAGCCCUCCUCACUCCCACCGAGCCGAUACUCCUGUCGGGAUCUCCUCAGACUGUGAAGCUGCUCCGGAGUGAAGGUUUCUGAUCUCAUCUCUGGCCCUGGCCUGUCUGCGUGAUGCCCGACCUGCAGCAUCUCUGCUCUGCUCACGCUUCCUUCUCGUGCCCUCAGAGGAGGAAGGCCAUUCCGGUGUGAUCCCGCCGCCUCGGCCACCUGGUGCUUGCUGCUUUUGGACUCAAAAUGUGCCCUCUCUGCCUGUAAAUGCCGCCUCCACUGCCGCUGGCCCCUGCACUCACUGCCUGACCUCCCUUCCCAGCUCUGUGGCUCGGCGAUGAUGCUGGAGGGCACCGCGGACCCUCACCCCGAUGCUUUGGCACCGGAGCCGGGGCUCAAGCACCUCCUCCCGGCCAGCGGGGCGUGUGGGAGCGGAGCUGGCCCCGAGCUGCUGCUCGCACAGGAAGGGAGGAAGCAGCAAGCACGCUUCCAGCGGCGUCCCCAGCUGGGAGCCAACGAGGAAAGAAGGAGGCUUUGUGUUCCUCCUGCCCUCCCUGCCCUUCGGUUUUGCCAGCGGGGGAAAAACACAACCUCUGCUUCACCCGUCCCCGGCAGAUCGCGAUGAGCGAGGCGGGCUAAUGCAGAGCAGCUGGCCCGUGCUCCCCGCUCCGGCCGGCACCGCUCACCCGACCACCAACACACCGGAACUGCUCCCCCGCCCCGUGCGGGGGCUCCGCGGGACCUGCUGGGGCUGCAGAGCUGCUGCUCCAGCUCCCGCGCCUUGUCCCGAUCCCCGUCCUCUCUGCCUGAACCCCUUGGGCCUCCCCGCUGCUGCCAGAGGAUGGGCAUCCCCUGGGAUUUGCAGCAUCCAGCCUUGCCCACUGCAGGAGGGGAUGGGAGGUUGGCAGAGGUCCCCCAGCUUUGGCUUUUACCAUGGUUGAGUUCCCCCAAGCCAAGGCUACGUGUUCGCUCUGGAGCUGCCUCUGCCCUCUGUGCCUGCUGGAAAAACAUUGGGGAGAGACACAGGGAAACAUUACCCCUCACCCCUACACUGGCUGCAGCAGGGGAAGGGGCUUCAGGCUUGUCCCCUCUGGGCAGGAGCCAUGGCCCCAUAAUGGAACCCGCCACAGCGCUCGCCUUCUUGUAAAUAAAUGUACAGGUCUGCCCACAGCCCACACCUGCCAGUCCAGGGAAGGUCCUGCUCCCACCUGUGGGGCCUGACAGUCGCAGGAUGAGUGAGAUGAGGAUGGGAAGCAGAAUCUCAUCUCUGUGUUAGAGGGAAUGGG